UUCUGCCUCUCCGCAUCAUUGAAGGAGGGAGUUUGGCCGCUGCUUACCUCGGUCAGCCUGGUUGGUUUAUUAAUAACACUUCCGCUCCUGCGUUGCUCCAUCACCUUUCCUCAUUUGUUUUAAUCUGUGUGUCCGACACAAACCAUUGAACUCGAACGCCUCGCCCUGGAUGUAAUGUCGGGGGGGUUGCCAGGCGCGUUUGUUUCCCUUCUGACUGGAAAACAACGGGGAGACGUUUAAGGACUAAAACACAGCCGGUUAUUCGUGGACGCACCGCAGCGCGCAUCAUGAGGACGCAGCAACCGACAACAAGGGGGGACCUGGCAUAGGCAUCUCUGUCUAGAUGAAGUGCUUCAGCCAUGCAAUGUUCCUGGAAGUCAGUAAUUCUGCUGGCUCUGGCUUCUAUUGCCAUCCAGUACACAGCCAUCCGGACGCUCACCUCCAAGCCUUUCCAGCUGUGCCCACUACCCAGCCCCCAGAACUGUGGUCUUGGGGCUCAGGAGACAGAUCCUUCCUUUGAGCGGGGAACAGCAGGUGGGGCUGGCUGUGAUGACUACCCUUACUUUUCUGUCAAUGCCACCCGUAAACUUCACAUACUGGUCCUGGCCACCACUCGCAGUGGCUCCUCCUUUGUUGGCCAGCUGCUGAACCAGCACCAGGAGAUAUUUUACCUGUUUGAGCCUCUUUAUCAUGUUUAUGCCACGUUGGUCCCACGUCAGUCACACAACCGUAACCCUACAGAUCGCCGCGUGACAUUAGGUGCUAGUCGAGACUUACUGCGCAGCCUGUAUGGUUGCGAUCUCUAUUUCCUUGAGAACUAUAUAAAACCGACACCCACAAACCACACCACGGACAAGCUGUUCCGCCGUGGUGCCAGCCGGGCUUUGUGCCAGCAGCCUGUCUGUGAUGCCUUUGGUCCAGGGGAUGUUAACGUGGAAGAAGGAGACUGUGUGAAGAAAUGCUCAACCUUAAACAUGACUUUAGCAACAGAGGCCUGUCAUGAGAAAAAGCAUGUGGCAAUCAAAGUAGUUCGAGUUCCGGAAAUUGGAGAUCUGCGGGCUUUGGUUGAAGACCCCCGGCUGAAUAUCAAAGUCAUUCAACUUGUGAGAGACCCACGUGGUAUUCUAUCAUCCCGGAUUGAAACAUUCAGGGACCCAUACCGUUUGUGGCGCAUUUGGAGGGCCACAGGGAGAAGGCCCUAUAAUCUAGACAUGAAUCAGCUCACAGUUAUCUGUGAGGACUUCUUUGGUUCAGUUUCAACUGGUCUUAGUCAUCCCCACUGGCUGAAAGGGAAGUACAUGUUGGUUCGAUACGAGGAUUUGGCUCGAAAUCCUCUACUAAAGACUCAGGAGAUUUAUGACUUUCUUGGGCUGCAUAUGGAUAAAAAUGUGAAACACUGGAUACGUGCAAAUACUCGAGGAAGCAAUGAACCUUCAGCAAAACACAAGUUUGGAACAGUAAGGGAUUCAGCAGCUAAUGCAGAGAGUUGGCGUUUGAAACUGUCGUAUGACAUUGUAGAUUUCACACAAACCAUGUGUCAAAAGGUACUAAAGCAGCUGGGAUACAAGGCUGUGAAAUCGGUAGAGGAACUCAAAAAUUUGUCCUUCUCUCUAGUGCAGGACAAAACCUUUGUACCAUUUUUGUAACAAGGAUAGUUCUCUAAUAACUAUUUUUGAUAUAUUUAUAUUGUUGCCUUAUAAGUUCCUCAGUUUGUUUCUUUUCUGAUGUAAUUUUGUUUCAUUGAAUUUGCACUAAAUUUUAAAGAUGUUUGAAUGCACUAAGUGAAAUAUCAAUUAGUCCAGUGAAAAUGAAUAACACAUUUUAAUCCCAUUAAACAAGCUACUUUGCAAAAUUCUAAAUAAUUUUUCAAAGAGUGGAUUAAUUUCCAGGCGCUGUCUGUCAUUUUUGUGAAUAAAAAAAAAAAAAAAUCCUUUCACCUAAAACUAAACAUUUAUCAGAGAAAGAAGUUGGAAUCAGGAAGGACUCCAUAAGUCAUAAAUGUUUUCUUUUCAAAAGAUGAUAUGACAAACUGUACAAGCUCUACUGUGCAAUAAAUAGUGAAUGUCGCAGUCAACCUUUAUCACUGUGGCAUUUUUAUCCAGGUGGGAACAAGAAAGAUAACUCUGGCAGCUGCCAUGCAUGCAAAGGAUAAUUGCAGACAAUUAAUAGGCUCUCAAGUGAAAGGGACAGAAUCCCAUUGGAGGUCAUGACCAUUCAUCUGAGGAGUUUGUAGCCAUCUGUGAUAGACAAACACACAAAUGAAAGUUAAUGCUAAAACCUUUGCCCUGGAAUAUUUUGCCAAAAUGAUUAAAACAUUAAAGAUAAAUGUUGAGUAUAUAUUUUUCAAUACAAGUAGAAAAAAAAGGGCCAUUGAUUUUUUUUUUUGUAUUUAUAAUUGCAUCAUUACUUUUCUUUUCUAAAUUUAUUUCACAUCCUUUUCUGACAAUGAAAGUAGUAGUCUUAAAAAGAUAUGUUUUCUGGAUUUAGGCACCCUGUUGAAAACAAGAUGAUUUAUUUUUUUGCCACCUUGUAAGCAGGGAUUACAUACCAGUUACACGCCAGAGCAUAGACCCUAUGCAUUCUUUUUCAGCAUUUUUUGUUGCUCUGUUUAGUUUGUGUUUAUCUCACAGAUGAAAGAUUUAUAACUCUGGUAGAUAUGUCCUUGCUUAGCAGGUUGCAGGGCAGAUUUAACUGUUUAAGGAUCUGUGCUCAGUUAUUGCUGUACAACACCUUUCCAAAGUACAUCUAGAGUAUUACCUUUAUUGCUGAAAAUAAUCGGACACAAAACCUUUGAUCAUUAGUGCCGCUGAUGUGCAAUUUCAACCACGCUUUGUUAAUUGACGAAGCUGAAAGAUCAAAUACUGUACAGGAAAGGGCAGUUAUAUAAAUUAAUUUGACAGUUGUUUCUCUACAUUUCUCCAAAGCUUCAAUUGCAUUCCUAAUGUCAACCGAAUGUAGAAUAAAAUAAAUGGCAACAUGGUUUUAUUUAAAUGUAGUCAAGAUAAUAAUUAAACUUUAUUGAUUUCACAUUGGAGAAAUUUACCUCUGCAUUUAACCAAUCCACUUCGGGAGCAGUGGGCUGCCAUUUUGUGGUGCCCGGGGAGCAAUAGGAGGUUAAGGGUCACACUCAGGAACCCAGGGUGGAGGCAGAGGGAUUCAAACCGGGUACUUGGAACCUUCUCAGAGCACAAGCGCACUGCUCUUAUCCACUAGGCCAACACCUCCCCAUCAGUGCUGAUGAAGUCUGUUGUCAUUAUUGCUGCAAAAUAUACAGUUUGUUCCUCCGAAUGACAGAAAUGUCUUUGCCUUGUUUGCAGAGUAAAUUUGCAUUUUAUUCCGUGUUAUUUUAACACUGGCUUGUUUGGUAAAUGGAUUUCUUACUCUGCGAACGUUUCAUGCUGCAUAUUGGACUUCAGAUUUCCCUCUGCUACUAUAGAGGCUUAAAAUCUAUAGUGGUUCAGACUACAUUGCUUAGAGGAUGGCAAGAAUAUGAGCACAAUGAAUGGAGCUGCACAUGCAGAAGGCAAAAGUAGCAACUUUUGAUGUGAUCUAUAAAGGCUUUUGAUAAUUAAAAACUUUGGUGUGCAUUUUUUCAAUGAGAGAAAAUACUGCCAUUUUUUGAAAGGCAGAAAAGCCAUCUUAGAGUAAAUAAUUAGACGUAAGAAAAUACUUGUGCAGACACCAAAAAUUGGAUCUACUUAACACUAAAAAAUAUUAAAGCUUAGGUUUUUGCCUGUUAAAAACAUAAAUUUAGAUUUUUUUUAAGGUAUAAUUCUACCAUCUAGACAUUUAAUUAUUUGCACACAAUGACCACUUGUUUUCCCAUAAGAUAUAAACCCUGUGAAUGGAGCAUCACACGCCCUGGCUCAUCAGUAUUGGUGACCGGAUGUCCAUUGAGAUGCAGAGCACAAACCUUUGAUCCUCCUCUGUUCUGAGACUGGAGGCAAACUCCCUCCUUUUCUUUUUCUGCAUAUUCUCUGCCAUCUUCUUUCUUUCUGUCUUUUUUUUAUACCUCAAGGGAUUAUUCCUGUGCUUCACAGCUCUCUCUGUAUUUUUUUUUACUUUACCCUGUAAGUUUCAGCAUGUGUAUAGAAUAGGUUUAAUUUCAUACCUAAAAGGGGGCUACAGAGCUGAAGAACUGUACUUAUCCUUGAGCAUUAAAGGAAUGUUCUGGCAAUGCUAGAAACCAUCAUUUUGUCAGGGAAUAAGAUUAGACAACUAAUGAAAGAACUAAUUUAGUACAGUUAGCUCUGGUUUGUUUCAUGCAUUCAUUAAUAUUACCACCAGUUACUGACCCAUUAAAAAAAUUAGUAUCAAUACUAACCCUAAUCAAAUUGGAGAAUUUAGUUCUUACUUAGAGUGUGUUGAAUGUAGAAAUAGACAGAACACAUUUUUACUACCUAAACUAGGAAAAACAUUUUUACACCUUUUGUAAUGCCAUUAAUUCAAUGUAAUUUAAAAUUCUUCAUUAAUCCUAAAAGGAAAUUAGAUGUUUCUAGAGUUGAUUCAUUUGGUUGAGCUUUCUAUAAUUAAAACUGAUAUCAUUGGAGAAGUAAUGUAAAGGCGAACAGGUAAAAGCUGGAUGUUAACAGUCAGGUUGCAGGGCAGCACUUCUUUCAUGUUUCCCACACUCAGUCUGCGACAUGCUGGUGUGUUGAUGCCGGUGUGUUGAUGCGUUUCUGAGCUCUUGCUAAACCCUCAUGUUUUUUGUGUUCCAGGGCUGAACAUACGUUUCACACUACAGGGAAAAAUGACAGAAAAUCAUUUCCUCCUCCUCCCUGUUUUAUUUUUCUUCCCCCCUUAAUGUGACUACAAUAACUUGACCCUGUGACUGCACAGCAAAGCAGAGAGAGAUCAGCUGCUGUGCUCCCAGUAUUUUCCAAACUGCGCUGCAACAACACACCCUGGUUAUUAUAGAAUUGAAUUCAAAUAAAAGUAAAUAAGCAGAAGCUGCUGCUGUUAGGGAUAAUGUUAACCUUGGAUGUUAUCAGGCGAAAAUCUGCUGCCCACACAAUUUUUUUUUGUUGUCUUUGUAGGUCUCUGUCUAUAAGUGUCACUAGUUUCGAGCUGCCACUUAGCUGGAAACAGCCUUAGUGCAAAGUGAAAAACCCACUGAACUGCACAAAUCAGCCGAAUUGCACUUCCUACAUGUGUCACAGUUGCUGAGGCAGAUGUGUUUUAUUGUGCUCUGACAAGUACACAUCAUAUCUGGACUACCAACAUAUCACCUUUGUGAUGUGAUUACUGAUGGUGUUCAGCUCUGUUCAUGAGCAGACAUGGUUACAGUACAAGUGACUGCUCAUUUUCAACUUCAGAUUUUUUUCAGACACAGCUAAGCUGAGCAACGUAAUAUAUUCACUUUAAAUUUAUGGAACUUUUUGUUCAGCUUUUCUGCAAAGGCUGUCAACCAAGCUCUAUUUAAAUGCUGGUGAAAUCCCAGUUGGGGGGUUGGCAAGCGGGGCUUUGCUAAAAAUGAUACAAGCAGUUUAAUUGAAGCUGUCAGCAGGUCAGCACAAUAGAGACAUAGCAACCAGGUCAUUAUUUAGUUAGAGAUCCAGAACACCAUGUCGGGUGUUAAUGGGCAGAACUGCUUUUAAAGGCAACAAAAGAGGACAAAAAAUAAGCACUGUAAUAAUCAAACUGGAACCUCUAGUGAUGUUUAUAGGGAAAAAAAUUAUGUCAGAAUAACCUAUAAUAGUAUCUUAGAAAUAAUAUAUUUAAAAUCAGCUAACUUAAACACACCAGAUUAUUUGGAUUUUGUCAGUUUGUUGUUCCUGGGCACAUUCGAUGUUGCACGAAGCAUGCUCUUGAAGUAUUUCAAAGCCUGAAGUUGCUAUGGAAUAUCAUCUCUUGUAAUAUAUUCAUUGGAAAAAUUACUUUUUUGUGCUAACCUAUUUUUUCAUACAAAAAUCAUUUAAUAAAUGAAAGCAGUAAAUCUUGCGUCAUGCCUGAACUUAUUUUAAGAAAUGAGUAAGGGGAGGAGACUAAAAUUGAUAAUAUGUCUACUAAAUACAAGGAUAUGAUGUAGGCAAGAAGAAUCUCUUGGCUUCUCCUGCCCUCAUACAUAUAUUCACACUGAGGAGCCAUUGAUGGUUAAUCCCACGGUGGAAAAGUGGAUAUAGAGGUGAGGGAAAAAAAGUGUGUGCAUGCAGCUUCAGUCCAGCUUACGUCACUGUGGUCAGCUGUGGCUGUCUUGCAUUGCUCUCAUUGCUUAAAUUCUCCCUUUCACUGGCCUGAAAAACUGAAAUGAGAUUAGCGCACAUGCACAAAAGCAAACGGGCAUGAGCAGUCAUGAGCUAAAAAUGAAGCUCUCAGAGCGCUGGGAAAAGAACAAAUAUGGAAGGAGUUCAAUUUUGACAAAAGGAUAUUUAGAUUUACAGAUAUUACACUUGCAAAUCUGGGCUGUGAAAACCAUGUGCAGUGUCAACCACACAAGAUGCAGAGACUAAAGCUGAACAGCGUGGUGUAUGUCUGUCUGGUUUUGACUAUAAAUCCCAAUAAAACCCUUGGCAAGCAGACAACAAUUUAUUUUCUCAGACAUAGAUUUAAAUCCAAGUUCUAACAGCAUAGUAAUGAGGUUUUUACGUGAUGAACAUUUUUUUUUUUACCUCACUGCUGUUUAUGUUUUUUUUGCAUAACUUUGCGUAUGAUUUGGAUGAAAGGUUUAGCCAAACAAGCUUUUUCAGAAAGUGAAAGUUCUCGCUGACAUGUAGGUGUCUCUGACCUAGAACCUAUGUUCUUCAGCUAAAUAAAAAGCACUAACACACUCUACUUCACUCUCUACGCUGUCUGCUUUCUUUGCAUUCAGAUUCCACUCUAAAUCAGGCUUUGUAUGUUUUAGGUUUUUUCACCAACAACCUCAGAGGCUCUGAGGCUGUUCCAAAUGACAGCAUUUGAUAUGAAACGUUAAUUGCAGCAUCAGAGAUUAGUCUGUUUUGAGCUCCCAUGAACCUUAAAUGCAGUGAUACAAGUCUAUUUGAUUCAGCUUUUGUUAAUAUAUUUCUAAAAAAAAAUAAAAUGCUGUUUUCCCCUUAUGUGUGUUCCAUUGGCUUUCCAUCAUCUCAUUUACCAAAAGCUGUUUCUUUUGAUAAAGCAUCUAAAAGAGACUGAGGCCUACAAGGUGGAGCAAGCAUGUAAAUAUAUACAAAUGUCAUCAGUUGCAGGAGAAGCCUAAAAUGCUUAGAAAAUUAGCGUUGCAGCGUUUUAGCAGCAGUAUCUCCUGGACAAGCUGUUUCAACCAACUAUAUGUCAGUGGACAGCAUUCAUGCUUGAAAAAGGGCACCAACUACAAGAACGCAUUUGGAGAGAAUAAAACAGUAAUACAGGCAACAUUUCCCCCUGAGGAGUAGAAUCUCAUUUCAAUUUAAAUGUAAUCCACCAACCCUGACCUAAGUGUAUUUUAAUACUCCUUACAACACUGAGUCAUGGGAUACUUGAGCCAUCCAAACCUAUAAUAAUAUGUGUAAUAAUAUCACAAAUGAAUUGCUGUGAGUAUAAAUUAAGGUCAGGCUGGAAGUAGAGUUGAAAUUUUUGUAAUUUCUUUUCAAAGGAUUUAAGAAUAAUUUUAUAAUCACUUAAUAAAAUCAUUAAGUUAAUCAUGUUAGUUUUUUCUGAAAAAAUCUAAAAGAUUUUAAAUGAUUAAUUUUAUUCUAUUUUCUUUUUUACUGUUUCUUGUAGAUUUUGAGUUAGGUUUAAGGCUUUUCA